AUGGUGAACGUGAUCGAAAAUUGCGGAGUAUCGCCACCACCGGGUGCGGUGGCCGACCAGUUUCUCCCACUCAGUUUUUUCGACUUUCUGUGUCUACCACUACCUCCCGUCCAAAAGCUUCUCUUCUAUGAGUUCCAUCACUCUAAGCCCCACUUCACAGAGUCCCUCAUUCCUCAUCUGAAACACACACUAUCUCUCACUCUCAAACACUUUUUCCCUCUCGCAGCUAACCUGAUAAUUCCCUCAUCAAAUUCUAGCAAGCCCGAAAUUCGUUACUUAGACGGUGACUCCGUUCACCUGACCUUUGCCGAGUCAGGUGACGAUUUCCAUUACCUAACCGGAAAUCAAGGACGAAAUGCCGAUCAAUUUCAUCCCCUCAUCCCUCAGAUGCCAGAGGCUUAUAACACCAACGUGUCGGAUUCCGGCACAAUACAAGUAGUCCCACUUGGAGCCAUUCAGGUCACCCUAUUCCCCGAGUCCGGCAUUUGUUUCGGGUUCGCCUACCUCCAUGUUCUGGCGGACGGUAAGGCCUUCAACGGUUUCAUCAAGUCAUGGGCUUCCAUCACCAAAUUUGGCAGCGAUGCGCCAUUUUUAGCUAAUGGGAACCUCACAUUUUGCGACAGGACUAUGAUAAAAGACCCCAUUGGGCUAGAUAGAGCCAAGUUUGUGAUAGUAAUAAAUUUGAAAACCAGAGUAAAACUACUGAUAAUGUUCGAGCCACAUUCGUCAUAA